UCGAAAUUGGAUUUGUGUUCGCUGGCUAAGAAUAACGUUCACCAUGAACGAUUACUGCAGCGAAGAGCUGCAAGCUAAGGCGAUUGUCCGGGUCGUGGUCGCACAGCUUUCUUCAGGAAAGUCUCGAAAACAUCCAGUUUUACUCGAAUUUUGAGCUUACUCGAAUCAAAGCAUCUUUAUUCUCCCGAUGCUGUUCACCAAGAAUACCGCCGCCACCCGGUGAAACAAUGGGGCAGACGCAAAGCGAUGCGGACGAACAGGUGGAAAUGUCUCAGAUUCAAGAGCUGUACAAGAAAUUUGCGAGCGAAUGCCCCAGUGGAAAUUUGCAUUUGCACGAAUUCAAAAAAAUCUUUGGAGUCACUAGCGAGUCGUCAGCAGAGGAAUGUGCAUAUAUGGAAAACUUGUUCCGUUCAUUUGACGCUAAUAAGGACAAUACUAUAGACUUCCUGGAAUAUGUGGCAGCAGUGCACCUUGUUCUACGGGGGAAACUUGAAGAUAAGCUGAAGUGGACGUUCAAGGUCUACGACAGAGAUGGGAAUGGACGUCUUGACAAACGCGAAGUGAGAAAUAUUAUCAGGAUUAUUUGCGAAAUUAAGAAGCAAAAUGGUGAAGCUGAAAGUGAACCUCUCUCACCUGACCAAAUAUGCAACAGAAUAUUCGAUCACCUUGAUGUAAAUAAAGACGGUCAGAUUUCACUCGAGGAGUUUUUGGAGGGAGCGCAGAAGGAUUCAUGGGUUUUAGAUCACCUUACACUGGAUUUGAAACCGUGUGAGUGGUUUAUAGAAAUGCAAAAAAAGAACUGUAAAAAAAAACAGCCCUGAAGAAAACUUGGAAAGCAAGGCAAAGCAAUAGACAUGUUAACCUCAGUAAAUGAACUUACAGCUCUUCAAUUUCACUUUGUGAAGACAGUAUAAUUUCAAGGCUGGCCAGAAGACAACACUAUCAACACUUUUUAACAAAUGGAAAAUAAAUCUUGGCCAUGAACACAGAAAAAGUCUGAGGGAAAAACUAUAUAAAUGUUUUUACACAAAGCCAUGAAGUAAGGAAGAGAGGAAUCCAUCCCAACGGUGUUGUGUUGAUUCUUGGACACAAGCGAUCUGGCUUAUGUUUGCAGAAGACCAGGAAUCCCUGCUCUGUAACCAGCUAACUCGAAAAGUUUCCGGAACACUCGAGGAAGAUUCCAAUUUGGUUGCGACGUACCAUUAUGAUGGCAAUGUUCCCCAAGCCCCUCAAAUUAAUUUCUUGCUUGCAUAACAUAACUGAAAACUGAACUGUUCUGUGGAUAUUGCUGUGAAGGAAACUGGCAAAAGUUAAUGUGAGCCAUCCUGGAUAGGACCAUGUGUUAAGAUAUUGUGUACUAAAAUAGCCCUCAUCCUCAAUGAGGGCAAACAAUUGGGUAACGUUACAUUACACUUAUUUAGGAGACGCUCUUAUCCAGAGUGACUUACACAACCUUUUACAUAGCAUUUUACAUUGUAUCCAUUUUAUACAGCUGGAUAUAUACUGAAGCAG